UAACUCGCUUCCGCCGUGUUAUUUGGGCCACUAUGGUGGCCUCCUUGCUCCAGCCCGUCAUCGUCUAUAUAUAUGUAUAAAUAUAUAUAUUUUUUCCCCGUAGAAUAUUAAUCGUUUUGUCGGGGGUUUAAUGUUCCGCGCGGCUGAUAUUAAGAACUUCGGUAAAGCGGGAACCAGCUGGCAUUUUCGCCGGACGAUGGACGAGCUGGUCCAUGACCUGGUGUCCGCGUUGGAGGAAAGCUCAGAGCAGGCUCGCGGUGGGUUUGGCGAUGGGGGAGGCGGGGGCGACCACGCCCUGGCCGUGGGCUGCCUCCUGAAGCGCCAGGCGCGCAAACGGCGGGGCAGGAAGCGCCGUUCCGACAAUCCCCACCCGCCGUGGGACUCCUGCCACCUGAGCGACGGCUCCGAGUCCAGCCUGGAGGAGCACAAGGACUACCGCUCGUCUGCGGCGGCCGGGGGCGCCCACGCCCGAGACAACAACAACAGCGACUCGGACGAGCAGGUGGGGGCCAAGCGACGCACGCCCCAUGCCGGCGAGCCGGGCCGGGGCAAGCGUCCGCUGUGGCCCGAGGACGCGGGCGGCGCCGACGGCCUCGGCACCAGGAGCCUGCGCCGGCGGCGAAAGGUGAAGCGCAUGGCCGUGGAUCCGCCGCUGGAGGUCGCCGCGAUGCAGGCGCCGCCUGUUCCUAAACCGGUGGGAGGGGGGGUCAGGGAGGCGGGGCUUGGGGAGGAAGGGAAAGGAAGUGAUGUGUGCAAGGGCAGGGUGAAGAAGAGGAAGCUGGGCGCCCCCCGCCUGGCGCCGGACACCACGGACGAGGGCGUGGUCGUGGAGAGCGAGGAGCCGGCGCCUUCCGGAAAAGACAAAAUGGAAUUUGAGGAGCACAAGGUGUCCGAUGAAGAUAUGAGUGACAGCUGUGAAACUAGCAGUGUGAGCAACAGUAGCGAUGGAGGUCUGUACACCAACGACGAAGGCAGACAAGGUGACGACGAGCAAAGCGACUGGUUCUACGAGGGGGAACCGGGCGGGGCUUGUGGGAUCGCGGGCGUGGUUCCGUGGUGGGAGAGGGAGUCUGCCGAGUUGGACCUUAACGACCCGGUGUUCAACAGCAUCCUCACUGGGGCGUUCCCGUUGAUGUCCCAGGGAGCACAACGAGGAUUCCAGGCCAGGUUGGCUCGACAGGCUUCUCUGCAGCAGUCCCAGGGUGCUUCUUCAGUAGGUGGAUGUGCGGAGAGACUACCCCGACUGUCUCAAGAUCCGCAUUCCCAUGACCCGUGGUUCGGCCCUGGGUCCAGACAUGAGCAGUGUCACUGGGACUCCAGAGCCGAUCGGGGCCACAGGAGAAGCUGCUCUCUAAAGACUGCUAACAGGCAGACGAGUGGUCACCUUGGCUCGUUGUGUACAGGUGAUGUCAAGAGAAGGCGUAAGGCUGCACCUAUGGGUAAUUCUUGCACAGGAGUGGUAGGAGAAGGUGCCCCUCCCAUCCCGGAGUCCAACAUGGGGAGCCGGAUGCUGCAGAACAUGGGCUGGUCCCCGGGAAUGGGUCUGGGCCCCGAGGGCCGUGGCAUCACCGAACCGCUCCGCGCCACCCAGAGGCCCAAGGGUGCGGGCUUGGGCUUUAACUGAGCCCCAGGCUUCAGCCAGAGCUGGACGUCAGCGCAGGCCGCAGGCCCCGCACGAGGGGGAGAGAGA